AAUUUCUACUACAUGAAGACUAUACUUCUAGGUUUUGAUCAGUAGGGAACGAGCUCAAAUGGCUCUUUGACUGUUAAAGGUUGCCUACCCCUAAGCUAGCUGUACCCCCCAAAUACUGUCCAUCCCGACCCACAUUUCAUCUUCACCCACAAACAUGUGCUGAUACUUCAAUAACCCAAAGAUAUGCUACAAUGCUUCAUGGCAGCCCCUCCCCUGUACACACCUCUCCCAUGUCAGGCUGGUAUGAUCACAGCUGCUCUCCCAUGAGGCAGUGUGUCACAUGCUUCAGGGGCAUUUAAACUUUAAAGGGCCCAACAAGGCAGCUGGGUGUGUCCACAUUCAGACUCAUGAGCUGCUUUCUCAGUCUGAAGACAAAAGAUCUGAAGCCAUCAAAUCCUAGGUUUUAGGAGGGAAGAAGCUGCAGGACGUAAGAGCAUUUCUUCCACGUUUGCCGAUUGUCCAGCUAUGGGGGCUUUCAUUGCCAAGAUGCUGCUGCCCACCUUCAGCAGCCUGGUGUUCCUUCCUACGGCCAGCGUGGCCGCCAAGAGGGGCUUCCACAUGGAAGCCAUGGUUUACUUCUUCGCCAUGUUCUUCAUCGCGGUUUACCACGCAUGUGACGGCCCGGGCCUUUCCAUCCUAUGCUUCAUGAGAUACGACAUCCUGGAGUACUUCAGCGUUUACAGCACUGCGCUCUCCAUGUGGGUCACUCUCAUAGCUCUUGGUGACUUCGAUGAACCCCAGCGCUCCACUUUAACCAUGUUUGGCGUGUUGACCAUUGCUGUGAGAAUCUACCAGGACCGCUGGGGCUACGGGAUCUACUCUGGCCCCAUCGGAUCCGCCGUUUUCAUCAUCACCGUCAAAUGGCUGCAGAAGAUGAAACAGCUGCGGGCCGUGUAUCCAGAGAAGACGGUGUACACGCAGCAGGUCGGUCCCGGCUGCUGCUUCGGCGCUCUCGCUCUGAUGCUGCGUUUCUACUUUGAGGAAUGGGACUACGCGUACGUCCACAGCUUCUACCACCUUUCUCUGGCUGUGUCCUUUGUGCUGCUGCUGCCAAAGAAGAACCGCUACGCCGGUUCAGGACAGAACGCGGUGAAGCUCAGCUGCCUCACUCUGUGCUGCUGUUCCAUGGUCCCAGUUUCUUCAGAAAAGAAGACAGAGAAACAAAAGAAGAAGUCAUCUCGGACAGUCUGGACGGUCCCUACCAAGAAACCCUGGACGGAGGGGUGUAGCUCCUCCACUCUGCCCCUUUACACCCCCCCACCCUCCACUCCUGUCAAAGGGACCAGCAUCAGCAAACUCAAAGAGAUGAACGGCUGGAAGUGACGCAACAACUUGACAGGACUUUGUUCACAGGAAACUUUCAGAGCAGAGCAAAUAAACUUGUCUGUGGCUGGUAAGUUAAUUUACUUGGACAGGAAGCCAGCAGCCAUGUGGACAGUCCUUUCAACCAUAAAAACCCAUUUCUGCUGCUGGAAUAUUUAAGGUCAUCAGAGACUCAUCCACAGCCGCGGCAACCAUCAGAUGAAGAGUGAAUCCCUGGUGGAGAUGAGAUCUUAAGGUGGAUUAGGCCUCUGGUGCCCUCGAAGACCCGACGUUAGCAGCUGUGUUGCAAAGCUGAAGACAGCAGAACACACACAACUCGAACACGAGACGGCAGCUGAGACGAGACAGUAAAACUGACUGGAAGAUUCAUGAGAAAAGCAAACAGGCAGACAGUUUUUUCUCUCCAAAAUAUAUAAAUUGUCUUUGGAGAUGUUUCUCUGGGGAGAAACCUUCGUCUGCUUCCCUCUUCUUUUUCUCUUCCUUCUCUUUCCAUCUCUGAGAGAAGCCAUCCACACAGCUUUUAAGAAUUAUUAGCCUGUAAAGCACCUUUCACUGUUUUAUUUGUCCUGGAGGUGCCAGACGUGUCAUGUGGAGCAUCAGACGCUGGAAAGCUGCAGCCCAGACAUCAGACAGACUGAUCACGGAGCAGGUGGACUCCUGUCUGUUAACCCAUUAUCUGCUCUGUAUCGAGAUAUGUAAAGCUGUGAGUGAGCAUGCAACACACACCAAAGCCAGCUGCUGCAGCUGCAGGUAAUGCCUCAGUCACAACUGUCCUCAACCCGUAAGGACAUGGGCUGUCUGUGGGAGAAAAACUGAUAAAUCUAUAUGUGCACAUAGAUUGCCUACAGGAAACAUCAGACUGUUCAUAGAGCAAACAUGUUCAUGUUCAGUUUUUUCUAUGAGUAUGCUGCAAGCUACAGCUCAUAGUGAACACUUAACAUGUAAGUCAUAGUGUGUUUGUGUGAACAUCCAACAGACGUCCUACAGACACUUCCGUAUCACGUGGACACCCUGUGCAUAGAGACAGUCAGGAUCCAGUGGUCGCAAUUUAAAACGACAACAGCAAUUCUCGUACGUCUAAGGGUGUGUCACUGACAUUGGGCUAACAAAUACUUCGACACACUAACCACGCACACAACAAUGGUACGUUCCAUUUUACUAGCAUAUCUUCAGUUGGCAGCACAAGCUCCAGGAGAACUUAAGAUGCAGACGCUCCAGUCUACGGCCCUCCAUGGGCCCAGACAACCCCAAAACCCGUCUAGGUGAAGUGACUCAUGCAUAAGACUAGACCAGGGGUUGUCAACCUUUAACAGUAAGAGGGCCAUUUGGACUCGUAUUCUACUGAUCAAAACCUAGAAGGAGCCGCAUAGUCUUACUUUAACCUUUAAGAAAUGUGGAUUUGCAUUUCGGGCUGCACAGUGGCGCAGUGGUUAGCGCUCUUGCCUUUGCAUUUCCUUUGUAGUAGCCAUGAAUCAAACUACUGUUUUUUUGUUAUUAUAACUCACCUGCUGAUUUUGCACCUGUAAGUUAGGGGAGAGAGAGUCAGUUGGGUUGCCACA